AUGGUUAUUGAGUAUUGCAAAACACACGUUGAUGAUCAUAAUGAUCAUGUAGAUGCAUCGGAGGAGGUGAAGAAGAAGCUCAAGGAUCAUUGGGACGAGGAAUUCAUGAAGAAUCUCAAUCUUGAUACGAUCUACAACCUCAUUAACAGUGUUAUGAUCUCACUUGCAAGACAGUUGCAAAUUACAUCAAAGACAAGACAGUUGAAAAUUCGAGAAGUCUUCAACCUCAAGAACGAUUACACUCCCAAAGACCGAAGAAGAAGCGAUUCGCAAGGAGCACACGCUUGGGCUGUUGAAGAUGUGUGA